CUCAUUAUCGUGCUAUAUAAAUACACCUACUGUAGUAGCAGCAAGAAACAUACCAUUUACUGGUACAGCACCAAUUGUUUCUUCCUCUCUCUCUCUCUUUUAUCUACCAUUAAACUCAUAUGGCCGUCCCAGAAAAAGAAAUGAUCUUUGCCAUUACCAACGUUGACUCGUUGGUAGGUUAUGCUCAAGCAUUCUUUUUCUUGAAACAUCUCGACAAGGAAAAGCACAACAUCAAGCUCCGUUUGUUCUGCCGUAGCCGCGAAGAGCUGCAAGAGCUUGAAAAGAUGGGUGGCGAGUCAAUUGAGACCAACUAUAUGGAUCACCACGAGAUCGAAAAGGGUCUUAAAGACGUGUCCUAUCUCAUGUUCAUUCCGGAAUACUCGAGCGACCGUUUUCAGCAAGGUUAUAAUGUGUUAAAUGCAGCCAAGAAACAGCAGGUGGAUUAUGUUGCCAUGUUUUCGAUACUCGGUGUAGAUCAUGCCACAAAGUAUGGGGAUUACCCAAACCUCAAUACCUACUACCGACUGGAACAAAUCAUGUGCAACGAGUUUAACUCGGAACACUAUACUGUUUUCCGGCUGCCCAUGUUUUACUCGGCUUUCUACGGGCUGAUGCCAAUGGUCCAGAGGGAAAACAAACUACGCAUGACGAUCAAGAAAGGCGUCAGAUUUGCCAUGAUUGAUUUGGGCGACUGUAUUGAGGCCAUUUACAAUCUCUCUUUUGAAAAAGGAGAAGAUGAUGACGAAGAGCAACAAGAGCAACAAGAGCAACAGCAAGACGAUAACCGGUUCUUUUUGUGGCGAAUCUUGUUUCCCGCUCGACAGAACCAUCAUCAUCGACAACAACAACAACAACAGCAGCAGGAGCAACAACAGCAAAAUCCAGUGAUGCUAAAGAAGAACAUUACUUUGUUUGAGUUUACACCCAGUGACCGGUGCCUUACCGGAGAAGAAAUGGCGCAGCACAUGGCCCAAGGUCUCGAUAGGGAGCACCUAGAGUACGAAGAAAUCAGUCCGGACGAUAUGCGCGGUUAUCUUGACUCGAUUCGACAAGACGAACGCUUCCGCCGCGGUCACAGAGAGAACGAGCACUUGUUCCCGGUCGGAUCAUUCAUUCGCGAAAAGGUCAUCGAGACACUCUUGGAAUGUAGCCGACUCGCUAGUCAAGGUCUGACGGAUAAGGUCACUCAAGAUUUGGAGCAUGCAUUGCAUCAUCAGCCCAUGACCCUGCUUGAUUUUUUCCGAAAGAAUCGUGAGAACUUUCGUCAUUUGCAGUAG